CAUCCUAUGACUUGACAGACCGGCGAACUGAGACUGAGCACGGAACAUUCCCUUAUAAACUCCCUAAAUCGUAAAAUACCGGGACACAGGAUGGCUGGAAAGGACGCUACGUUCUGUGUGAAUGCAAUGCAAUCGAUGGACGAUUUUAGAAAAGAAAGAUUUCUUUGCGACGUUACAUUAAAUGUGAAUGAGGUCUUGUUCCACGCGCAUCGAAACAUUCUAGCCGCUUCCAGUCCGUACUUCCGUGCAUUGUUCACAAGCGAAAUGAGGGAAAAUCAGGGCAAUGAGAUCAAGUUAAACAAUGUUGAUGUCGAAAUCAUGGAAGACAUCUUGGCGUAUUUGUACUCUGGGUCGGUCGUUGUGGAGGAAAGUAAAGCUAUACCAUUGACAGUAGCGGCAGAUUAUAUGCUAUUACCUAAAUUAAAACAAUUGGGUAUAGACUUUCUCUCACAUAAUCUAACCUCUGCGAACUGCCUGAGCAUUCUUGCGAUUGCUGAGAAAUUCAAUUUCCAGACUCUCAAAGAUAACGCUCAGAGAUACACACUGGAACAAUUUGGAACUGUGUCUCAAGCGGAAGAGUUUGAGAGACUCAAUGUUGAACAGCUACUUGCUAUAAUUUCCUGUGACGACCUUGUAGCUAAGGAACAGGAGGUAUUCGAGGCUGUGGUAAGAUGGGUGGAUUUCUCCCUUGAAGAGAGAAGAAAGCAUUUUGAGAUCCUUUUUCGGCACUUGCGAUUAGUGUACCUCCCUAGGUGUUACCUGGAGGAUGUAGUGAAAGGCGAAGAGCUAGUCAGAGAAAGUGAUGCAUGUAAACUUUUAGUUGUCAGGGCUGAGGAAUAUUUUUCAUUGUCUUAUGAUGAAAGAAAGAGAAGAAAUCUUUUUCCUCAGCCAAGAACAUGCCAAAAUGGAAUUUUCAUUGCUGGGGGGUGGCUAGAAACGAAUAGAAUUACAAAUGAAGCUCAUUUGUUUGUGCCAAAUUUGAGCGAAUGCUAUGAUCUUGCACCCAUGAUAACAGCGAGAAAAAAUCAUGGAAUGACACUUCAUGAUGGGGGGAUAUUUGUUGUGGGUGGGGCCUCGAUGGAGGAGACAGCACUGCGUAGUGCUGAGCUUUACGACCCACGGUCAAACUCUUGGAGUACAGUCAUGAGCAUGCGGAAAGAAGUAGCAGCCUUAGGGGUUGCAUCUUUUGGAAACUACAUCUAUGCCAUAGGAGGGCAUGACAAUACAGGACGCCCUUUGAAUGUUGUUCAGCGUUAUGACUCUAAGGAUAACUCUUGGAGCUUUGUGGCCAGCUUGAAUGAGUCCCGCACAAGACUGUGUGUUGUUGCUACUGAGGAUCAAAUUUAUGCAUUUGGUGGGUUCAGCAGUGAAGAGUAUAUGCCGUUAAAGUCAUGUGAGACGUACAAAGUUGAUAACGAUGCCUGGUAUGAGAUCCCACCUAUGCGUCAUCGGCGAUCAGGUGCAUCGGCUACUUAUCUGCAUCAACAGAUUUACAUCAUUGGUGGUGAAGACCUUCUGGAGGUGCCCUUUGUGCUUGAUGCAUGCGAAGUGUACACCCCCGUUAGUAACUCCUGGAGUGUGAUUGCACCUUUGUGUGUCCCUAGAUCUCAUGGCUGUUCAGGAGCAAUAAAGGACAAGGUCUAUGCAUUGUGUGGAAUCAACAAAGGGAGAGAGCUUCAUAGUAUUGAAUGCUAUGACACAUAUAAGCGCCAGUGGGAAGUAGUGGAUAGACUCAAAGUUGCAAUUGAGGGGCUGGCUUGCUGCAUCACUACUGUCCCAGGAGAGCUCCUUGCCUCAGUCAUGUAGACAGGCCACCACAGGUGGCCUAGUGAGUUAGUGCAUCAGUAAAUGGGGCCUUUCACCACAGGUGGCCCAGUGUGUUAGUGAAUCAGCAAAUGGGGCCUCUUACCUCUACUAAAAUGGGUUCAUUUAAGUUAAGAAGCAACAUGUUGGGGUUUUGAUUUUAAUGGGUUUUUUUUUUUCAGCUUAUUUUCUUUCUGUUUUUGCAUGGUACAGUACAUUGAAUCAUCCGUUUCUCAUAUAUCAUGAUUUCUUGGUCUGUUAAAAAUUGCUUGAAAACAAAAAUUAUAUCGUUCAUGUACCAUUUUUAUUCUAAGCAUCCCAAAGGAAAUGGCUGGUCGCCAGGUAUUCUCAAGUCUUCUCUUUAAAAUCUCAUGCGAAUUUAGAAAUACAAUUAAAAUUGUCACAAUAAGUAUGUGUCAUAUAUUUAUAUAAAUGGAAUAUCCACUGCCGUAGCUGGCCUACUGGUAGCUCAUGGACCAGAAAACUGAGGUGCACAGUUACACCACUACUGGUCAUUUUCUUAAUAAUAAACAAUUAAUAAAUCACCUGGCUAGAGAAAUACCAGAUUUGUCUCUGGUCAGUGAUUUGAUGCAUUUGUGAAAACAGGAAUGUUAAACAAAUUUUUAAUUAUGGUAAGCAAUGUUAAAUAUAUAAAAAUAGUUAUGGUGAUGGGCUCGAUAAACAAUGUUUAUUUCCAUUAAAGUGAGUUUUUUU